GCUCAGCCUGCACGCUAACGGACGUCUAGAAAACAGAGCCGAAGCACAGACCGAGACAGCGACAGCGGUUUCCGUUAUUACAGUUAUUAUUUCUCUUUACUGUCUGUCUGUCCGUCGGUUCGCUAGUUCUUGCAGCAACGGUCAAUCGCGGAACGGGACGAAAAGUGAACGCCUCGCCACGGCUACGGACUCCGAAACGGCCAAAACUUUAACUCGGCAACAACAACAAUCAAAGAAAAAAACAACAAAAAAAUAUAAAAAAACGAAACAGCAAAGUGGUAGCAAAAUGGAGUUACUCGGAAUUUGAGUUUGUGUGAAAUGAAGUAAAGUAAAGUAAUGCCCAGUGUAUGUAGGAAAAUAGUUUAUUCACUCAAUGCAUGUGUGUGUGUGUGUGUGAGCGUGUGUACAUUUGCGUGUGUGCGUGUGCAUAUAUUAAUGGCAUUUAAUGUCUAGAGCAAAAAUUAAACUAAACCCCAAACAAGCAAAAGCACAACGAAAGCAACAGAGCAAGAGCUAGAGCGAGAGACUGAGGGAGUGAGCAGGACAGACGGUGCCAAGGGAUCCUCCUAACGAUGGCAGGCAACAUUAGGGCUAGGCCAAAAAGAGCAGCUAGCAGCAGUAGAAGUAGUCUAGCCAUAAUCUGUGGUCCGCUUGUGUUUGUGGCCGACUUUUCCCCAACGGAAUAUGCGGCAAUGUAAACAAGCAUUCAAGACGUGACUCGAGGCCCCGAAAAGUGGGGAGCCAAGUAGGCUAAUCUGAAUGGAAUCAGUUUGCCAGGCCAAGAAACGUUUACAUAGGAAGCACGCCAAGACAAUAGACUGGGCUAGUCCCAACACUACUUGUAAGACGUCAAAAAAAAAUAAAAGAAAAUUGUAUAACCAAUUGCUAAGUGGUUUAACCGUGGGCAAUGACAAUCGCACUUGGAGCCGCAAUCGUAGUCAGCAGCUGAGACAUGUAAUCAACGGGACCAUCAACAACCAUUUUGGGGCCAUGUGAACACGUUUCAAAUAUCGUGACCAAGUCAGGGGCCCACAUUAAGGCUUGUCCCUCCACAAGCACCACAAUCACCACAAGGAGCACAAGGUCAGCACAAAAACUGACCUGCGGUCGCAGUAUAACAUAGGUCUACUUUUAAGCCUCGCCAAAUGCUUGCUGUUCUAAUGAAGUGUAACACUUUAAUUCGCCAGCAACUAGAGCAAACAAUCGUAAAAAAGAUAAUGAAACUAUCUGGAAAAUAACUAUAAAAAAGCUCUUAAAAGCAACCUAAAAUUUUCCUGUCCAGGGUAAUUCAUCAAUUUCAUAGUGGAACAUUUCAAAAUACAAUAUGCAAAUGAUAGAUUGGAACUAGUGAUUACUUCAAUAUAACGUAUACGCCUAGGUAUUAACUUAAUCAGUAGAGAAACGCCUACGGCAAUCAAUCAAAUCGAAUCAGAAAAUCUGGCAUUUCACAAAAAUUUGAUUUUGAAAACAUCCGCUCAAUGUUGGAAUUUAAUUAGCUUGUUGAAAAUGAAUAACCUUUUCAAAUAUUUAAAUUUCAUUUAAACUCUUUGAAUAUUCGUUUUUGGCAACAAAAAUAUAACAUUGCUCUUAACUAAAUUUACGUAUUCCACUGCCGCUGACUGCUGAGCUUGGUCAAUGUUUUGAGCUUGUAAAAAUAUAGUUGCAAUGGAUGAUAGACUGCAUAAUUAUUCGUAAUUUACAGAACAACAACAUUUUUCAAAGUCCUCCUUUUUUUAUUAGUCCAAAGUUGCUGACUUGUAAAUUGCUUUACCAAUUAAUUCGGCAUUUAAAAGUUAAUCAAGUUAUUCAAGGUGUGGAUAAAAAGUUUGAGGACUUUUCAAACUUAUAAUUAUUGUCGUAUUACCAAGGAUACCCCAAUUACUAAUCCUUGACUUCAUAAAAUGUGGGUUGUAAGGAUUUUAUAAGAAAAGUUAGAAUAUUCAUUAUAUGUAUUAGCAAUCCUGUCCGUCCAGUCACAAUUUGUGUAAGUUUAAUUUUAAAUUAACAAUUUCACUUCAAAUUUGUAUGAAAAUUCAACAGCUUAAAAUUUGUUUACGAUCAUUGAAAUGCCAUUAGUUUUUGAAAAAGUUCUCUUGCAAAAACCUUUGUGUACAUACGACAAACGAGUUGUCAAAUUGGCAAUUCACUGGCCUAUUAAAAGCGGCAAACUUAUGGCCCGGCGCCAGGAGAAUUUUUGAGUGUUAUAGACCUAGGCUCUCGCUUUGAGAGGUCUGCCAAGGCUGCCUGCAUUUGAAAUGGCCAAUGCUAGCGCAACAACAAUGGAAACAACAAUAAACAAAAGAGGCGUGGCGCACAAAAAACGAAACGAAACAAUAACAACGGAGGAGCCCAAAACACAAUUGUCGCAUGGCCCAAUGGGCACAGGACAGUGCAAAGGAGUCUAGAAGGAGGGCGGAGAGCAAGGUGUAGGGACCUAGUUAAAAACCGUAAAGGCAAGCACAAACAAAGCUAGCUAGCGCAUGACGUCAUAAAGCAUAUUAAAUGAGUUUACACUCGCAGUGCAUUGCAUACUUUCAGGCUGCUGCCAUUUUCCCCUGUUCCCCCCGAAUCCAUGGUUGAUGCUGCUGCUGCUGUUGCUGGCAAAUGGCGACACUGAAAAGCCAUUAACCAACGCCUAAUGACGCACUCGAGACGGGGACGGGCAAAGUGUAGAAGGGGUUGUUAGUGCAUGUGUGCGAAUGAGGUUGAAGUGAGCUACAUGUGUAUGUGUGCGGCAGGUUAGCCAAGCUGAUAACGAGAAUGCUGAGAGGCAGCAAUUAAAUGGUCAAGCGGGAGUCUCUCUCCCCCCUCUCUGCCCCUCUCUUCCACUCUCUCUCGCUCUCUCUCUUGUCAACGUGCUGUCACGAAAUGAAAUUGAAAUAUUAAAUAUUCAUCUAAUGCAAGAAAAAUCACAUCAUCUUUUGCGGGACAUAUUCGUGUGGAGUACAUCUAAAAUGCUCAACAAAAGGGCAAUUUAUCAGCAUCCCAAAAGUGUGCUACAAAAUGUGUGAAAAAUAACAGCAACCAACAACAACAAAUACGAUAAUACUUGAAAGUAACAAGCAAAAAACAUACACAAACCUACCUACGUACCUGUAAUUUGUCAAGAGCUCACACACGUGCACACACACACACACAUCCAGAGAACAGUGCGUGUGUUUGCGCAAAAAGAAAAAAACGUCGCGUUUAUAAUCGCGCGCGUUUCUCUUUCUGGGAAACAAUGGAUCGAGACAAAGGAAUAAAGCAUGUAGCAUGUUAAAUGGAAUUUAUGCCUCUGCAGUUUUCCAUCGAUUUUCGUCUUGCGCCAACAACAGACUGGGGAUGAAAUACCAAACACAUAAACUGGAUUUGAUAUUACAAAAAUAUGCAGAAACAAGAAAAAAGGCGCGAACUGCGCCUAAAGCGAUUCUGGCGCUCGCCAAAGACAACAUCCUCGGACGAUUCGACGGGAUAUGAGAGUCCGACGCGCACAAAGCCGGCCAGCAGCGAUGCCCAGCGUUUCAAUCAUCUCCACUACACGAGCCUCUCCCAGGGGUCGGGCACCACAUCAUCCUCGAAUGCAGGGGCUGCCGGUGGAGGGGCAAAUGGCGGUGCUGGGACGGCGUCGACAAGCAACAAACCAUCCUGUUCGCUACCGUUGCUACAGGUGUGGCCCAGCCAGCCGCUUUUGCGCCAGGAGGGCUUCGUACAGUUGCGUCGUAACAGCGGCCCCGAGGGCCAGCGGGAUUCACCGCGCGGCGAAGCGGACGGACAAUCCUUCAUCUUUCCCGCCAUUGUGGAGACCAGUGUGGGCGCUCCAUCGACGAGCAACAGCAGCGGGAACAACAACAACAGUGACAUCAACAACUCGACAGGAAGCAACACAACAACAACAGCAACCACCAGACGCAGCAACAAUCAUCUGACACUGAGCACAGAGCGUCGCAGCUCGCUGUACUGUGAUACUCUCCAUGCCGGCGACUCUGGCAUCGAUUCUGUGCAGGCAUCGCCAUCGCCAAAUGCAUUCAUCGCACCGCCGGGCAUCCUUGGCCUACCUCAUGGCCAAACCGGAGGCGGCUCGUGUCAUGUGUCGCCCACAAGCACGCCGACGCAGGGUUCGCCAAAUCUAUCACUUGGCCGGCGGCAUAUGAGGAACAGCAUCUGUGUGGUGCCCAGCGGGAGUGCGGCAGCGAAUUAUCGCCGUAAAUCGAGCGCGUUGCUGCAUCCGGAUCAUGCGCGUCUGUUUGCGUUGCGCAUGAAGCAUGCGGCUGCAUUGGAGAGGGCGCAAACGUCGCCGGAUCAAACAUCGAUCGAGGAUGCGAACGAGUUCCAUGACAACGGACUGGCGACGAAUAUGCGUUUGUGCUCGGCCUCGUCGUCGACGACGUCGUCGCUGACAUCCGUGGCAGCGGUCAGCCUGGGCGGGGGUGUGGCAGCCGCUGGCGUUGGCGUGGGCAUGGGCAUUGGCAUUGGCGUUGGUGGGCUGGGCUGUGGCAGCAGCGGUGGCAUUGCCACCGCCAGCAGCGGCGCCUGCUCCUCCUCUGCCUUUGCUGUUGGCGCAGGCGCGGGCGCACAGCAGCGCGUCUCCGAUCCCUGGCUGCAGCCGCAAUCCGAUCGUGAUUCACGCCAUGGCGGACAUCACCACCAUCAUCAUCACAAUCAUCAUCAGCAGCACCAUCAGCAGUCGCAGCAGCAUCACGAUGGCCGUCGCCGGUCAUCGACAAUGACCGCCCGCUAUUCGCUGUUCGAUGCCCUCGAUCUGGAGUACGUGCUGCUCCGGGCGGCGGCUCGCGGCUCUGUGGGUCCCUACUCGCUCAGCGAGUCCAUACACAAGCUGACCUUCACACAGUCGCUGGCAUUCCCCGCCCUCGCACGGGGUCUGGCCACGAAGCGCCGCCGUUCGGCAACGCACACCAGUUCCAGGCCGCUGAAUCCGCAUGAAUCCGGUUUGAAUACGUGCGCCAAAGUGGUCACCGCCGUCGUCCUGGUGGCCAUCUCGUUCAUGGUCUUUUUGAUAGUGUACAAAUUUGUGCGCACGUGAGGUUUGCUCCUGGCCCCGACGCCAGACUUCGCUGUCACAUAUCAGACGAGCAGCAGCAGCAGCAGCAGCUACGAGUAUCCGCAUCCGGAUGGAGGCGAGACCACAUCCACAUCCUCGUACUCGUUCUCGUCCACAACGGCAGGCCGCAGUCUGGGCAAACAUUUGUCGGGGUUCAGGAGCCAAUUAGGUGUCAAAGAGGCGGACUUUCAGUAGCAGUCGGAAAUUGUGCGCAAAGUGCGGUAACGAAAAAUUUUGUGAUAAACUUUUCAAAUGACAAGCAAAUUUCCACACACACACACACAUAUACAGAUAGAAGGCUUACAGUUAGGCUUGUAAAUGUUUCAAUUGCAGUAAUAGCAUUAUCAUUAUCAAUAGUAAACAUAUAUACUAUACUAUAUAUAAAUAACAAUUAUUUUUAUAUAUAACUAAUUGUAAGCGCUUCAACUCGCUGCUAAAAAACUCGCGCGCGCCUUCAAAAAAUCGCUGGUAAAAAACGCGCGCGGCAUUUCUCGCAUUUCUUAGAGCGUAGGAGACGUUUUUUUGUAAUAAAUAUAACAUUAAACAAUAAAAUAACUAUCGAAUAAAUUCAUUUCAUUAUUUAAAGUGCCUAACUAACUCUUGAGCUAUAAAUAUAUAUUUCAUUUUUUGAAUAUCGAAUUUAACCUUUUACCAGAAAUCUUCAUUCAUUUAUUGGCAGCAGCUUCGUUAAGAAAUUUAUCAACUUCAAAUAGAUUUUUUAUUUGUAUUCAACAAUCAAAAGUUUUUUAAUCGCAAUUUUAUUCAUGUAAAUUAUGUGGUGUUGAAAUUAAUUUUUUUUACCUAACAUACUCGUAUUGUUUUUAAAUGGUCCUAUGCAAAUUGAUAUGGCUGAACAAUUUGGAAGGAGCGGUGAAGUGCAGCGUGAAUGAAGGCAAAUUUAUUAUUUUUAUAAAAACGUUUUUUAUUAAAAGUUUGCAUAAAUUAAGUUCACAUCAGUGGCGUUGAGUGCAUUAACUUUUAUUCACUUAGCACAUUGAUUUUUACAAUUUAUCGUCAAAUGGGAUUC